AAAAAGUUUGCUGAGCACUCAACUAGAGGGAAACAUCUCAGAAAGCUAAUUCAAGACUUUCCUUAUUGACUUCUGUGCUCAUGGCAAAAGGGAACCAGACCAGCAACUUUGAGUUCCUACUCUGGGGACUGUCAGAGCAGCCACAGCAGCAACACAUCCUCUCCCUGGUCUUCCUGGGGAUGUACCUGGUCACAGUAGCUGGGAAUCUGCUCAUUGUCCUGGCCAUUAGCACUGAUGUACGACUCCACACCCCCAUGUACUUCUUCCUUGCCAGCCUGUCCUGUGNUGACAUCCUCNUCANNUCCACNANAGUGCCNAAGGCCCUAGUGAACAUCCACACCCAAAGCAGGACCAUCUCCUAUGCAGGAUGCCUGGUCCAGCUCUAUUUUUUCUUAACUUUUGGAGACAUGGACAUCUUCCUCCUGGCCACAAUGGCCUAUGACCGCUUUGUGGCUAUUUGCCACCCUCUCCACUAUAGGAUGAUCAUGAGCUUCCAGCGCUGCUCACUCUUAGUGACAGCCUGUUGGACCCUUACAACCCUUGUUUCCAUGACACACACCUUCCUCAUAUUCCGACUCUCCUUCUGCUCUAGGAAGGUCAUUCCAGACUUCUUCUGUGACCUGGGACCCCUAAUGAAGAUCGCUUGCUCUGAAACCCGAAUCAAUGAGCUUGUGCUUCUCUUCCUGGGUGGUGCAGUCAUCUUAAUCCCCUUUUUGCUCAUCCUUGUGUCUUAUAUUCGCAUUGUGUCAGCCAUCCUCAGGGUCCCUUCUGCCCAAGGAAGGCGUAAGGCCUUUUCUACCUGUGGGUCCCACCUUUCUGUGGUGGCCCUGUUCUUUGGGACAGUGAUAAGGGCUUAUCUAUGUCCCUCAUCCUCUUCCUCUAACUCAGUGGUAGAGGACACAGCAGCUGCUGUCAUGUAUACAGUGGUGACUCCCCUGCUGAACCCCUUCAUUUACAGCCUGCGGAACAAAGACAUGAAGGGAGCACUGGUCAGAAUUCUCAAGGGCAAAGUCUCCUUCUCCUGGGCCCAGGGACUUCUGCAGAGAAAGUGAAGAUGUCCUCAAUCUGUUGUG